AUGUCUGACUUGACAAAGGAUACAGAAACUACUGUAUUAAUCGAGGAGCAUGAUAUUGAAUCCUGUUCAAGGAUAUCUGAAUAUGAUUCUUGUGAAAGUAUUUUGGAUCCUCAUGGUGAAGUUGAAUUGAUUCCAGAUACAAAAGUCUUUUCUACAGUGCCGAAUUUCUAUUGGAUUGAAGUAACUUUAUUAAUAAAUGUUUUUUUAUCAGGAUUUGAUGGUACAGUGACAGCAUCAACUUAUACCGUUAUUGGCAAUGAGUUCAAUGCAGCAAACUUAGCUUCUUGGAUAACAACUUCAUAUUUAAUUACUUCAACUUCUUUUCAACCAUUAUAUGGAUCCUUUUCAGAUGUAAUAGGGAGAAGAAAAUGUUGUUUUUUUGCUUCGGGGACUUUUGCAUUAGGAUGUCUUGGUUGUUCAUUGGCCAAUAACAUCACCAUCCUUAAUCUACUGAGAGCCUUAACAGGUGUUGGUGGAGGUGGAUUGAUUACUUUAUCAACCAUUGUGAAUUCGGAUAUUAUAAUACCCAAAAAGAGAGGAUUAUUUCAAGCAGUUCAAAAUCUAUUAUGGGGAUUUGGCGCUGUACGUGGUGCCUCUUUUGGAGGAUUGAUUGCUUCUACCAUAGGUUGGAGAUGGUGUUUCAUAUUACAAAUACCUCCUUCGAUUCUUGCAGUUUAUGUUGGAUAUAAAUAUAUCAGAAAUCAACCAGAGUUUGAUACAUCUAAUCAUAAAUUAUCAUCGUUAGUUCUUCAAAAGAUUGACUUUGCGGGAUCCUUUGUGUUGGUGUUAUCCUUAACUUGUCAGUUAUUUGUCUUAACCUUAGGUGGUAAUGAACUUGAAUGGCUGGAUUAUAGAUUAAUUCUUCUUGGUAUUGUUGGAGUAUCUUUAAUGGUUUAUUUUGUUUAUAUUGAAAUUCAUACGAAGGCAAAUCCAAUUAUACCGGUCAAACGUUUUAAAAGUCUGUUCACUGUUUUGCUUAUGGGCCAGAACUUUUUACUAGGAUUAAGUUCUUAUGCAUAUCUUUUUGCCUUACCAUUAUUAUUUCAGUUAGUCUUAGGAGACUCUACCGCUAAGGCUGGUCUCCGAUUAGCCAUACCAUCUUUAGCAACUCCUAUUGGUGGAAUUAUUACUGGUGUGAUGAUGAACAAGUAUGAGGUAUUAAAGGUGUUGGUAUAUAGUGGAACAUUUAUAAUGGCCACCGGAAACUUUUUGUCAAUGUUAGUUGGUCCAGGUAUGUCAGGAUGGUUAUUAAGCUUAUUAUUAAUGCCCUCGAAUUUGGGUCAAGGUAUGGCAUAUCCUAGUUCUUUAUUUACAUUCAUUUUUGCAUAUGGAACAGAACAUCAGGCUACUUCAACUUCAACUAUUUAUUUACUGAGAAGUGUUGGUGGAGUAUUUGGGGUUACUAGUGUAUCUGUUAUAGUACAAGCAUACUUAAAGUAUAAACUCACUGACGAUUUAAGUGACCUCACGGAUUUGAAAAAGCAUCAAAUUCAUAAGAUUGUAAAGGCAAUUACUAGAUCAACCGAUGCAAUUUAUGAGCUUUCUCCAGAAAUUCAAAAAUUUGUUCUUCAAGAUUAUGAAUCAGCAAUUAGAUUGGCUCAAUUGUUUUUCAGUGUAUGUUGUGGAUUAGCUUUCGUUUUGUGUAUCUUGAGAGAUGUAUUGGGGUCAAAGCCAAACAUUUGUUAG